ACCAUGAAGAGUCUUGGGAUGCAGAUGUGGACGUGGACACUGAGUGUCCUCUUGAGUGGGAUAUGUGUGAGUCAGGCCGCUCCUGGACCGCACUACUUGGUGCCCAUCCCUGCGGUCCUGGAAGCCGGAGCUGAGACCACAUUCUGUGCGAGUGUCAUGGAGCCCAACGAGACUUUGACCAUCACUGUAACUCUGGUGUCUGCAGAGGAGAACAUCACUCUGCUCACACACACAUCUGACAAAGACUUUCACGUCUGCAGGCAGUUCCAGGUUCCUCAGAAACAAAAGGAGGUGCAGAACUUCACAGUGGAAGUGCGAGGCAAUGCGUUUUAUUCAAAAGAAGUUAGAAAAGUGUUGAUCAAAUCCUACAAACCCUUCACCUUCAUCCAAACAGAUAGACCGGUCUUUUUACCUGGACAACCAGUGAAAUUCAGAGUUGUCAGUCUCGACUCCAAACUGAGACCUGCCAGUCGAACAUACGACAUCAUUGAGAUCGAGGAUCCCAACAAAAACAGGAUCGGCCAGUGGCUGAAUGAAACAUCAGAGAGAGUAAUCCUGCAACGCUCCUAUAUUCUCAACCCAGAGGCCCGAGAGGGAGAAUACCGGAUCACUGUGAGAGCAGGGGAAGAAAAAAUAUUUCAUAGCUUCAAGGUGGAGAAGUACGUUUUGCCUAAAUUUGACAUAACUUUGGACGUUCAAGAUGAAAUAAGUGUGGCGCAGGAGGAACUAAAAGUUAAAGUUUGCUCAAAGUACACAUUUGGGCAGCCUGUGCCAGGAGAGGUGACACUGAAGGCUCGCCGACUUCUGAAUCAUUAUUUCCCCAUUGAACUUCAAGAUGAUUUUCAGCUUGUUCCUCCAACCUACAUAGAGAAAAACCAGACAGACCAAAAUGGUUGUGCCACAUUCACCCUCGCAUUGUCAACAUUUGACAAACUCGACCUGAAAGCCGUGCAGGAUGUGCUGGAUGUCAGUGCCACAGUAGAAGAGCAGGGCACAGGUGUCUCAAGCCGCCAAGAAAAGAAAAUAACCAUUUCAUAUGUCGUUGGAACGCUGUCUAUCGUCAACACAACAAAAAUUUAUAACAAAGGAACUGAUGUGGAGGGAAUUGUCAAAGCAGUGGACUACAGUGGUAAACCCAUUCCCGAUCUGCAAGUUUACCUAUUUGAAGGAGGGCAGUGGUCUUCAACCAGACUGCAGAAUCUCACCACAGACAGUGAAGGACUGGCCAACUUCUCAAUCAGCACUGACAACUUCAUUGGGGACGUUCACCUUCAAGUGAGCAAUACGCCAACACUGGAGUUCAGAGGAUACAGACUGCCUUACUAUGACAGCACAGGCUACACGCUGAAGCAGUACAAGGAAAUCGAUGAGGACACCAUAACUGUCAGCUCCCUGAAGCUGCAGACGAGAGAUGAAACCCUCUCCUGCGGCAAAGAAGAAGAGCUCCAGAUUGCUUACACUGUGGUGGGAGAGCCUCAGGGUUCUGUGGAUUUCUUGAUUCUGAUCUUAGCUCGGGGAGCCAUCCUCACCCAGGGAUUUCAAAAGUUUGAAGUGCAAGAUAAACAAGUGAAUCAAGGCACAUUGUCUUUUAAGCUGGAGGUGUCUCCAGACAUGGCACCUGAAAUCCAGGUUGUGGUUUAUGCCGUCCUCCCCAGUGAGAAUGUGAUUGCCGACAGCGCCGACUUCAACAUUGAGAAAUGCUUUGGUAACAAGGUGUCGCUGGAGUUUGCACCAACAACAAGUGUCCCAAGAGAGGAGGUCGACAUUCAGGUGACGGCCCAGCCAGAUUCUCUGUGUGGUGUGAGUGCUGUGGACCAGAGCGUUCUCAUCAAGGAGCCAGGGAAGACUCUGGAGGCUGAACAGAUAUAUGACUUGCUGCCUGUCAAGAAAAAAAACUCCAUACCAGACGAGGUUGUCGAUGCCACAGAAUGCUUACCCGUGAGACCAAAAAGAAGCAUCGCGCCUGAUCCUCUUGAGUCUCCAGAUGAUGCCUUUUCAGUUUUCUCGGACGUUGGAUUGAAGAUGGCCACAAACCUAUUGAUCAAAGUCCCUUCAUGUCUCAAGUACAAAGGACGAGAAUACCAACAUGGUGACCUUUUUUAUGUGCUGCGCUUUAAGGAGCCACAAGUGGAGCGUGUAUACUCUCAAUCCAGUCCCAUUGUUGAAAUCAGUGAUAUAGCUGAUGAUUCUGAUGAAUAUGAAGUUAUAGAGACGGUUCGCACCUUCUUCCCGGAGACUUGGAUCUGGGACCUGGUGGAAGUCGGAGACUCUGGAAGGAAGGACGUCGCCUUCAAAGUGCCCGACACCAUCACCACCUGGGAGACGGAGGCUUUCUGUUUGUCCCCUCGGGGUUUCGGUCUGGCUCCUCGUCAGAAGUUCACCGUCUUCCAGCCGUUCUUCCUGGAGCUCACCUUGCCCUACUCCAUCAUCCGAGGAGAGAGCUUUCAGCUGACAGCGUCCGUCUUCAACUACCAGUCCGACUGCUUGAUGAUUGCAGUGAAGCCCACAAUCUCAACAAAUUACAUCCUUGAAUCGGCUACAGAAGAUCAGAACAUUUUCUGUUUGUGUGGAAAAGAGCGCAGGACCGUCACCUGGACCGUGACCGUCCUCAACCUGGGGGUCGCGAAUGUGACUGUGUCUGCCGAGGCCGUGGAGUCCCACGUCCUUUGUAACAACGAGGUGGUCGAAGUACCAAAACUUGGUCGUAUUGAUACUGUCAUCAAACCUGUCAUUGUCAAGGCUGAAGGAAUUGAGAAAACAGACCCCUACAGCUGGCUUAUGUGUCCCAAUGGGUUCGUUUUGUCAGAGGAAGUAGACAUCAGCCUUCCUGCAGACGUGAUUGACGGCUCUGCCCGUGCUUCAGUGUCAGUCCUGGGCGACAUCCUGGGCCGGGCCCUUCAGAACCUGGACGGACUGCUGCGGUUGCCACGCGGCUGUGGGGAGCAGAACAUUGCUCUGCUGGCCCCGGACAUCUACCUCCUGGAGUAUCUGAAUAGCACACAGCAGCUCACCCCAGCCAUCAGCGACAAGGCGACUGGCUUCCUGACCAGCGGCUACCAGAGACAGCUCAACUACAAAGAUAAAGAUGGCGGCUACAGCACAUUUGGUUCGGGAGCUGCGAACACUUGGCUGACGGCCUUUGUGCUGAGAUCUUUUUCCAGAGCUCAAUCUUUCAUUUACAUUGAUCCAGCAGUUAUUGAUGAAUCCAAGACAUGGCUGAAAAACAACCAACUUGAAAGUGGCUGCUUUGAAAAGUCUGGACGACUCUUUAACAACAGAAUGAAGGGAGGUGUGUCUGAUGAGGUGACUCUCACUGCCUACGUCACUGCUGCCUUCCUGGAGUCAGGCGUCAAGCCAGGCAAUCGAGUGGUAAAGAGAAGCCUGCGGUGCCUCAAAGAGUCCUUUAGUGAACUGAACAACACCUACACCGCAGCUCUGACCGCCUACGCCUUCAGCCUGGCAGGAGAUGUGGAGACCCGUGACCGCCUCCUGCAGCACCUCGACUCAGUUGCAAUUAGAGAAGGAGGUUUCCUGCACUGGUCCAGGAAAGCUACAGACGAAUCAGAAUCUCUGUCUGUGGAGAUCAGCUCCUACGUGCUCUUGGCCAAACUCAGUGCCUCUCCAAGUGCCGAGGACCUGGGUUACGCCUCCAGCAUCGUCAGGUGGCUGGCGAGGCAGCAAAACGCCUUUGGAGGUUUCUCUUCCACACAGGACACAGUGGUGGCUCUCCAGGCUCUGGCUCUCUACUCCACUCUGGUGUUCAGUCCUGGGGGUUCCAGCACCGUGAAGGUUCAGGGUCCCAGCAGCGCUCUGUUGUUUGAGGUGAACCCAGACAACGCGCUGCUCUACCAGCAGAGCGCGCUGCAGGACGUGACGGGGAAGUUCAGCCUGGAGGUGAACGGCUCCGCAUGUGUUUCAAUCCAGAUUGCUGUUGACUACAACGUCCCCAUUCCCGUUCCGAUCUCCACUCUCAGUGUGAAGGUCAAAACAGAAGUUGAUGACGGCAAUCCCCGCAGACCUAAACUCAAGCUGAAGCUGCAAUUGCUUUACAGUGGAAAGGAGAGCAAUACCAACAUGGUGAUCCUGGAUAUCAAAGUGCUCUCUGGAUUUGUCCCGGAUGAACAGUCUCUGAAGAGGCUCCGGGGGACUUUGCUGGUGGACCGUGUUGACCGACAGGACGACCACGUCCAGGUGUACCUGCGGGAGUUAUCCAAAGACGCAUCCUUAAAUCUCAACUUAGACAUUGUCCAGGAAGUUCAAGUGCAGAACCUGAAGCCCGCUGUGAUCCAGCUCUAUGACUACUACCAGCCAAGUAAUCGAGCUGAGGUAGAAUACACCUUGCCGUGA